UUUUUAUUGCUUCUUCCUUGUUCGUUUUCCGUUGUUCUGUUCUGUCUCUCAUUAGAUGCUUUUUUUUAAUAACAAAACUAUAAAAAAGAGAGUGUAAAAUGGAGCGGGAGAAGCAGCUUCGUGGUAUUUCAAUUAUUGCUGCAGAAGCGGUUAAUCCGGAGAAGUCUCGAGGAAUCGCGAUUCCUGCGGUUAGAGCGGUCGUGGCCGAUGCGUUGCUUCUUACACGAAGUCUCUCUGGUACGUUCUCAUCUGCUGGUUCUGUUCCAAUUCGUGCACCAGUUACGCUUGACGAGGAAGAUGAUGAUGAUGAUGAUGAUGGUUCUGUUACUGAGGAACGUAACUUAGACGAUAGUGGUUACAGUAAAGGGAUUGAUUCUGGGAGUGAUGAUGGGUUUGAGUCUGUUACUGGGGAUGCAGAGGAAGAGGGUUUGGUUAUGGAUGAGCUUAGGGCUCAUGGGGUUGUUUUAGGGGAAGAGUCAGUUGGAGAAAAUGGAGAUGGAAGUGAUUUUUCAGGAGGGAGUGUUGUGUUGGGGCCACUUGGAGGAGGUGAUGUUGAAGAGGAAGCUUCGGUGAAUAAGUCUUCUUUGGAGGAAGAGAGUGAGAAUGAAGUUAGUGAAGCUGAUGAAGAUGGUAUGAAAGCUAAGGUAGUCAUUCCCCGGGCCAGUUUGUCUUUGGAAGAUGAUGAGGUUUUGGGUGGUGGUAGUGGUGAUGAAGAGACUGUUUUGAUGCGUGUCACAAGGGCUCCCGGUGAUGAAGAAGGUGAAGUUGAAGAUAGGAUGUUGGAAUUUGAAGAUGUUGGAAUGGUUGAUGAACCAGAGUACUCAGGUUCUGUUCUAACUGAUGUCGUUUCAGAGGAUGAAGCUGUUGAGAUGAAGGUAACAGGUCUGUUAGAAGAUGGUUCUAAUGAUCUUAUGGUGGAAAAUGAGGCGAGUAUAGGCUUGGAUGGAAGCUCUAAGCAACUCGUUGAGGAAGGGGUUGUUAAUAGAACCACUAUCAAGGAGGAUGGUGGUGGUGGUAGCAUUCAUGAAUCUGACGCGUUGAUGGAGCCAGGUGAUGUAGAAGGAGUUGGAGAUAAUGCAGUUGAGUUAGGAGAAAGGGAAAUGACUGUAUUAUCAGAGGGCUCAGGCACUGGUACAGGUGAACUUGUUUCCACUGAGGAGGAUAUGGUGCAAGUGAAUCCUUCUGAUGAUGCUUCGGUGUCCUUUGAGACUGGUUUAGUUGUUGCGCCAGAAGAUUGCAGUGAGUUUGUGGUGGAAAGUCAAGGAAACGCUGUAGAUGCGGAUGAAGGGUUAGAUGAAACUUACAGCAAGCUUGUGGAACAAGGGGUAGGUCAAGAAAGUGUCAGCAAGGAGAGCGAUAACAAGGUUGUUGAUGGUAGUGCUUGUGAAGUAGAUGAACCGGUGAUUCAAGGUGAAGAGUCUGUUGGAUUAGGAAGCAGAGAAUCAGAGGAUGAAGACACUAGAUUUAUGAUAGGCGAGGGAAACGAACUCACUGAAAAUGCUUGCAGUGCUGUUGGAAAAUUAGAAAAACCGGAAUGUGAGGAAGAACUUGAAAUUGGUAUGACUUCUGAAAGUUCUCAAGUGACUCCAACAACUGUGGAUUCUUCUGUAACGACGAAAAACCUUGAGAUCCCUCAAGGGAUGGAUGUUGCUGUAAGUGGGUGUGAUUCUUCCAACCAAAAAGAUGGCCAAGAGACUGAGAAUGAAGGAACUCAAGAAUCAGAGGAUAUUGAUAUGAAGUUAUCACUUCCUGAUGAAGACAGAGCUUCAAGUUUAAGCUCCUUUCAAUUGGCCAAUCAGAGUGUGGAAGAUGGGGAGCAGAUUGAUAAGCAAGUCAGUUUUCAGUCUGUUAGUGAACUGAAUCAAAUCUCAGUGGCCAUAGAAGAAACCAGCUUGGUUUCGGUUAAGGAUGUUGAGAGAACCAUGCCUGAAAAUUCUUGUGUAACGGAAAACGAGACGCAGAUAUCACAGCUGAUCCAUAAUGACACUUGUAUGGAGCUUGACGACUACGAAGGAACAUGUGAUACAAAGGAGAAACACUCUGAACCCACUUUCCAAAAUCAUUCUGAAGAAUCAUCCUCUGACCAUUCUCUACAGCUGAUAAGUGGGAGAGUGAAGGAAAGAAUUGAGAAGACCAAGCUCAUAAAAGAAAAGAUCCAGAAAAUUAUAAAAGGAAUAGAUCUUUGCAAUGAAGAUUCACCUGUUACUGAAGAUGAGUCUCAGGAGAGCCUAGUAAGCGAAGAGCAUCACACGUCCUUAGAGCUUGAUGAUCACAGAACAAAGACAAACCUGCCUGAACAAGAGUUCCCACUUGAUCUAGACCUCUCCAUCAACGUCCUUGUCAUCGGAAAAACCGGAGUAGGGAAAAGCGCAACGAUUAACUCCAUCUUUGGGGAGACUAAAUCUGCUGUCAAUGCAUUUGAAGUUACCACAAAGUCUGCACACUACGUAGUUGGGAAUGUAGGAGGGAUCCUGAUAACAAUACUCGAUACACCAGGUCUCUUGUCCUCUGCGACCGAGGAACGGUAUAACCAGGAAGUGCUCAUGAAGAUAAAGAAGAGCAUGAGAAGGUUCCCAGUUGAUGUCGUCCUCUAUAUCGACCGUCUAGACGAGAAUCCAGACAUCCGUUUACUCAGAACCAUCACCACUUCUCUAGGCUCAGCAAUAUGGCAAAAUGCUAUCGUGGUUCUAACUCACGCAGCUUCUGAUGUUGUCUCAGAUUCUUCAAGCUACAUUGCUCAGAGAUGUUCUCUUAUGCAUCAAGCAAUCAGAGAAGCAGCUCCAGAGUUGAGCUGUGUUGAGCCGAGCAAGAUGCCUGGAAUUGUUUUGGCGGAGAACAGGAAAACUACUUGUCAGGAUUGGAGAUUGAAACUACUGAUCUUAUGUUGCUCUGUUAAGAUCCGGUGCAAAGGUGAGCAGAGUAAUACACUUGUGGAAAAGCCUGAUGGUUUUGGCUCUUUCACUUUGUUCUGUUCCUUGUGGAAUGUGUUGGUUCUUGGUUCUAACCAAGGACAAGCUUGUCAUUCACUUGCUGAAUUGGAGGAACAGAAAAGGCGUUUGCUGGAGUCAUAUCCUGAAAUCUUCUGGGACGAACAGAGUCUGGAGCAGGAAACGCUGAAGAAUCAAGACGAGGAGAGAAGACAUGAAGAAGAAAGUGUGAGAAGAAGAGGAAGAAGAGGAAGCUUUGGAUUCCAAGCUACGAAAAGGUUGGGUAUCUAUCUCGAUACAUGUGAUGUGCACACAGGGUUUUCAAUGGGGAGCAGUCGCAGUGGAAAGGUGGAAGCAGAGGAAGGGAAGAUGUUGGUGAGGAUGAGAAGCUCGUUGUCUGUUUUAGGUGCGGUUCAUUUGUUGGCGUCUGUAAUAACUUAUGUCUACGGUCGGAAAGGUAUUUAAAUUGGUGUAAGUUGUAGUAGAAUUUGUAACAACAUAUCUGAUUAUAUGAGUUUCUGUGUAUACUAUUGAUGGCCACAAGACCCUUUCUGUUUGAUAUGAAAUAAAUGUUCGGUA